UGCAACUUUCAUUUUGAUGAAGAGGCUGAAACGAAACUGAGGUAAAUCGCUAAGAGCGAGGAAGCAAAAUGGCGUUCACCUCCAGUUUCUGCAGAAAUCUUCUUGCAACUUCACGCCUUGCCAGUACAAAAUCUUUUUCAGGAAGAACAGGCAUAAAUGGAAAACAAGCAAAACACAUUUUGGCAGCUUUAGCUUUGAAAGCCCCAAAACCAAUAAGGCUGUGCAGCAAUGCUGUCUCAACACAAGGAGAUGCUCAGCAAACAAAAUUGCUUGAAUUUGGACAGUUUGUUUCACAAUCAAUGCCAAAAUUUGUACAGGGUGCUCAAGUUGUAUUAGGAAAUGAAUUAGAGAUCCUUGUUUCCCCUGAUGGUAUAUUGCCCAUAUUAGAAUUUCUAAGAGAUCAUACAAAUUCCCAGUUUAAGCAGCUCAUGGACAUGACUGUAGUUGACAUACCUUCCAAACCCUACCGUUUUGAGGUUGUGUAUAACCUUUUAUCAUUGAGAUAUAACACCAGAAUACGGGUGAAGACAUACACAGAUGAGCUAACACCAAUAGAUUCUGCUGUGCCUGUUUUCAACUCAGCAAACUGGCUUGAAAGAGAGUUAUGGGACAUGUAUGGUGUGUUCUUUGCAAAUCAUCCUGAUCUUAGAAGACUGCUUACAGACUAUGGUUUUGAAGGCCACCCACAAAGGAAAGAUUUCCCCCUUUCUGGGUACACCGAGCUUCGGUAUGAUGAUGAAUUGAAAAGAAUUGUCCAAGAGCCCAUUGAACUGGCUCAAGAAUUUAGAAAAUUUGACUUCAGGACACCAUGGGAGCAGUUUCCUGAGCACAGAAAGGAGAAGGUUUUAGAAAUUGAUGCUGAACAGAAUGAUACAGCAGAUAGCAAAAAAGAAUAAAUUUUGAUGACCCCUAUUGUUAGUAGGAUGCGUGUUAGCAGUAUUGUUUUGUGCUUAAUGAUUAUGAACAAGAUAUGUCCCAUAAUUCUGUUGGUGUGUUGCUUAUGAUGCCAUAUAAAGGACAUUCUUUGCUUUUAUUAUACAAAAAGGGCAUAAUUGUAUAAAAUAAACACAGUGGCAUAA